AGAAACACCUAUACGUACAUACAUAUUGUGUGCGUGUUUUAUUGAUUUUGUAGGAGCGACAAUUGUUCAAGCUGUAGUUAAGAGGCCUCAGCGGUUACACAGCCCCCAGCCCCCUCCCCUUCCCGCUUCUCAUCGGCUUAUGCUGGUUAAACACACACAUACACACAUAUCUGCUGCAUAUUAUGUCCUUUCCGAGUACCUCAACUUUUGUUUGUUGCAUUUUCGCAGUGCACUCAAUUCAAAAAAGGACACGUCAAAGGAUUGAACCUAUUAUAAUCGAGAAUUUGCAAAUGAAAUCUAGUUGACCAAUGGGUAGAGUAAAAGAACGCAAAUGGAGAAUCAAGCAAUGAAAUACCGUUUGUCAAGAAUUGAUUAGAAAAGGGGACCGUAAUAGAAUUUGAAAAUGGAGAUUUAAGCAAUGAAAUACCGUUAAGCAAGAAUGCAUUUGAAGAGAAAGAGAGAAGAAAUGAAACAAGUGAGUUUAAGCAAGUAUCCAAACAGGAGCAAACAAAUUAAUACCGUUAGUCAGGAAUACAUAAGAUAGUAAAGUAAAAAUGAAACGGCAGAUUUAAGCAACAAAGACCGUUGGUCAAUCAAAUUUGAAUGAGCUCAGGAAGCGUAUAGUAAAGUUGGAGAAAUUAAUUCCGUUAUCUGAAACCGUAACAUCUCAAUCUAGUGCAGAUGGGCUCAAUACAAUUAACAUAUGAUAGACUAAGGAAUUCGCUUGUAAAUCAAUGUUAAAUGAAAGCGUUUGCAUCUAGUGUAGAUUAAUUAACAUAAGAUAGAUGGAAAAGGAACGCUUAUGAAAAUCCUGCUCUAUAAAACUCUAAAACAGUUGCUUCAGGGAAAUGGCUAUGUCAGAUACAUAUGAUGUAUAAGCUGUGCUGCUUCGACUUCUUGCCUUCAACUGUUGUCCAAUGGAAUGGAGGCCUCACUGUGGCUGUCACACUGCGCUUGGCUUGAAUCGGUUCAUAACUUUAUUGGUCGUCGGCCAGCCAAACUUGCCGAGUUUUCUUCUUCUUGGCAGUGUCGCAGCGAGCAAGCAAGCAAAGCAAGCCAACCCAAGCAGCUAGCUAACAGCUAGCACCUCAGCUAAAGCAGCAACAACAGCAGCUGCUGCUGCUGCUUGCCCCCAGCUCUCAUUUCGCAGCUUAAGUGUAUCCCCACACCCCUCACGUCUCCCCUUCCUGCUGCUGCCUGUCGCACAUAAAAACGGCAACGGCUGCGACGACGAAAACGAAAAUUUAACGACUGCGCAACGUGACGCAUUAUUUGUCUGCGCUGUGCCUGCCAUUGCCUGCCAUUCGCUGCCCCCUCUACCCCCUACUGCAAACCCCUACUCCCCUAACGCUCACCUCUCCCCAACGACCGAGCUGACUGGCGUCUGGCCUGGCCUGGCCUGCCUUUCAGCAGUUGUUCGGCCUUUCAGCCUGCAGCCAGCAGCAGCAGCAAGCUUGCCGCAGACUCGCGCCGCCAGAAAUUGCUUUUGCUUUUGCUUUGCUGGCUGGCUGGCUGGCUGGCUGGCUGGCUGGCUUGGCUGGAACUUCACCAAACUGCUCUGCCUCCCCUCUGCCCAUUUGCCCCCUUCUAACUGCCGUUUGCUUGCUGCUGCUGCUGUUUUUAGUAUUUCGCACUCUGUGCACGCGGCAGCAGAAGCAGCAGCAGCAGCGGCAACGGCGACUGCAAGCAUUUUUGCAUGACUGACUAACUGACUGGCUGUGGCUAUGGCCUCAGUCUGAGUCACUCACACACACACAUAUACAUACACGUGCACAUGCACAAUCACAAUCUCAAAUAAAUGCGCCAGUUUGCGUUAUGCUGGCAGAGCGAAGCAAGUGUCGGGCAAAGGGGCUAGCAGUCAUGGGGGGGAGAGAGGUGACUGCAUGGCUGUCGCAGGCAGGCAGGCAGCAGGCUGGUGUGGCUGGCGUGGCGUGUGUUUAUAAUUUGAUUUCGCUUCUUCUUUUUCUUUCUCCGCUUCGCGUCGUUCGUAGUGCGAUGGCGACGGACCAGCAUUUCCUGUCGCUGCUUGCUGCUAGGCCUACGAGCUUGACGACGUUGUUGUGUGUGAGAGAGGGGGCAGAGGAGUAGAGUAAAAAUGCUGUCUGCUGCAUCUGCUGUAAAAAUUCGCUGGCACGCCAAAGCAAGCAGCAGCAACAGCAAAACUGAAACUGGCUGCAGCAGCGAUGGAUGGCAGGCCACGGAAUCUUAAUGAAGUUAUUGUGUCGUUGUUGUUGUUGUGUUCGAGUUGAGUUGGGCUGUGCUCGUCGUUGUUGUUGUACCAUUUACAUACUUGCACACACACACACACAUACACUCACACAAAUCUAUUGGCAUUGCCAUUUCACCUCCAGCUGCGCUUUUGGUUUGGGUGUCGGACCAGAACCAACGUGGUCAGUGGCCACCCAAUAAUAAUUAUAAUGGCAUUUGCCAUGCUCACUUGGACUUCGAAGAUUAAUAUAUGGGAAAUCUACAGUGUUUUGUUUAUUUUGAAAUUUAUAUGUGUUAUGAGAAAACAAGUAGAAGCAAAGAAAUAGUAUUUGUGUGUUACGUUUAAUAGUGACGUAAAUAUAACAUUUAAUCGCGAGCUAACUGAUAAAGCUCCGAUUCAAAACAAUACACAAAGCAUUCAUUCAUUAAAGAAAAUUGAUUAUUUUAUUUAUGAUAUAAGACGACAAGUUUAACGUAAAUGUUGCCAUUUUAUUAAUGAAUCGGAACUUUAACGAUCAAAAGCAUACAAACAGUGAAUGAGCUUUUCUCUCGCGUUGUUGUCGCGUGCACAAAAAAGCACACACUGCCCAAAAACACGUGUUCCCCAUUUGAGUUUCUCGCAUUAAGAAAACAACAGUUAAAGCUUACGUAGUCUAGUGAAGUCUGGCUUAGUAGAUCUGUGUGUGUGUGUUUGUGCUUUAGGGGAGUAAGAAUAAGCUCUCUGGCGAGUGCUCUAUCUGUAUGCAUGUGUGUGUGUGUGGCUGUGUGUGUGCUUGCGAUGGUGAGCGGUGUUUUGAAUUUGCAAUUACAUUCUUCGUUAUUCAGUCAGCGGUGGUCAGCGCAGCACGCGUGUGUGUGUGUGUGUGACACAGGCUAAAACGUCGGAAAAGCAAAGUAAAAGAAAAAAGGGCAGCUAAAAUGGCGCCAAAAAAAUCAACAAUUGUGCUAAAUGUGGAACAAUUUAUACACGACAUCGAGGAAAGGCCGGCGAUAUGGAAUCGCAAUUUUCACUGUAACAAAGCCUUCCUCGAACAAAUGUGGGACGAGCUAAGUGGCACACACAAGCUACCAAAAAUCGUGCUCAAGGCCAAGUGGAAGGGAUUAAGGGACAACUUUCGGGUCGAAUACAAGCGCAUUCCUCGCGCAGAUAACGGUGAUUUUCUGCUGGAUCCCGCCACAUUCGAGUCCAAGUGGCUGCACUAUUAUGCCCUGCUCUUUCUAACGGAUCACAUGCGCCAUCGUCUGCCCAAAAAUGAGCAGGAUCAGUCGUAUUAUUUCAACCAGCAGAGCGAGGAUUGCGAGAAGACAGUGGUGGAGCCGGACCUCACUAACGGUCUGAUACGUCGCCUGCAGGACAGCGAUGAGGAUUUCGAUGAGGAUGACAUCGAUGGCGGGGGCGAUGCUGGUGGCGAUGUCAGCGAUGCCAGUGCGGAUAGUUUGCUGCCCACGCCGCCAGCAGCGCAUCAACAGACUCAAAUGAGCACCACACCGCUGGCAACGGGCGCACUGAAAGCGCAGGAGGAGGCAUUUGCCGCCUCCCAUCAGCACGCACUGCUUAAGGCCGGUCUGUUGCGGGCCCAGCUCAUGGAAUUGGAAUUGGAGCGAGAGGCGCAGGACUUGAGCAAAAAAUCAACAACGACAACGCCACUUGCAACGGCAGCAGCAGCAGCAGCUGUAGCUGCAGCACUUGUUGCCAACCAGCCCGAAAUAACCCCCGCCGCUCCAACGCACUGUUCGCCACCGCCGAUGGUAACGACGACCACCACAAUGCAUAGUGCUCUGGUCACGGCUGCGCAGCUGGCGGCAGCGGGCACAGUGCUAGCGCCAGCGACCACCACAUCCAGCACAUCGAGCAAUGCGGGCGCCAUGCGUUCCGUGUCCCCGCCCCCGCUAUACAACAAGGCGCAUCAUCCGCUGCCCACCCAGACCGUUGGUCAUCAUACGGCCGCAGCCAAGGAGGAUUUUGGUGCGGGUGUAGUCAGUGGUGGCGGCAAUGGCAGUGAACAUUUGAAUUUUACGCAACACUCGUACGCGAAUGGUUUGAUUCCGGCGCUAAAGUUGAAGCGACCACGUCUCUCCGAGGACAGCAAUUUCAAUGGUUCCUCAACGAUGGAUGGGGCGCCGCUGGUGCCGGAGGAUGAUGAUUAUCACUACCUGCUCAGUCUACAUCCGUACAUGAAACAGCUGACGGCUGCACAAAAGUUGCGCAUUCGCACCAAAAUCCAAAAGCUCAUCUUCAAAGAGCUAUACAAGGAGGAUCUCGAAGAGUCCAAGUAGUAGUCCAUCCCCAUCCCCAUCCCAAAAUGAAGACUGUAAAUAGGCAUCAUCCCGUAUCCUGUAACUAGUUAGUUAUGUAAGAUUAUUAAAUCUAAUCGAUAGCUCUAACUAUGCCAUGCAACUUUAUCCAUUUCUAGUUGAGCGUUGCCACCACUUGCACCACCAACCACAAAUUGGUAGCUGUUGGUGCUCGCCAUUUAGCCUAAGCACAAAGAUCUGCAAAUAAUAAUAAUAAUAAUAAUAUUAUUAAUAAAAAAGAAAAACUAUAAAUGUUGAUUCUCUGCGUAGUUUUUAAUUGGGGAAUGCAAUCCUAUUC